AUGUGGUCUUUGUUUGGAGGCGGCGCCACUCAGAAGCGGAAAGAGGCGCCUAAGAAUGCUAUCUUAGGCCUCCGGAGUCAACUGGAGAUGCUCCAGAAGCGGGAGAAACAUCUUGAAUCGCAGAUUGAGGAACAAGAUACCGCAGCACGAAAGCAUGUCAACACAAAUAAGAACGCUGCCAAAGCUGCACUGCGACGGAAGAAGGGGCUUGAAAAGCACUUGGAGCAGACAUCGGCUCAGAUUGUGCAACUCGAACAACAAGUAUACUCGAUCGAAGCGGCCAAUAUCAACUAUGAGACUUUGCAGGCCAUGAAACAGGCUGGUUCUGCGAUGGCACAAAUCCACGGUGGAAUGAGCCUUGACCAGGUCGAUAAGACUAUGGAAGAUCUCAGGGAACAACACCAGCUCAGCCAGGAAAUCGGCGACGCUAUCACGAGCGUUCCGAUUGGAGAGCAGCUGGACGAGGGCGAUUUGGACGACGAGCUGGAAGCGCUGGAGCAAAAAGCUUUGGACGAGCACAUGACCAAGACUGGACCUGUUCCAGUUCACUCUCGAUUGGAGGGGCUACCGGCUGCUGGAAAUACGGAGCUACACAACGUUACAGUCGAGGAGGACGACGAGGAGGCGGAAUUGGCUAAGUUGAAGGCAGAAAUGGCCAUUUAG